AUGUCCGAUGAAACAGUUUUCCCAAUUAAGGACCUCAAACCUCUAAUGAGCAACCUGUGCAUACAGUGCCUGAUCGUAAAGUAUAUAGAAGAUCCUCCAGACCACAUAAACAACACAGUAAAAUACCACUACCUAGUGGCAGACAUAAGUGGGUCGGUCAUAUUGUGCAUCCCUCGCACGCUCAUAGAAGAGGAAUUAACCAGAAAGAAUAUUGACGUAUGCAAUGAUGACCUGGAGGAUGCGUUGGAGUGGUACAGCUCCACUCCCCUCAAUCUGAAUGACCAUGUGGGUAGUGGCACGGCGAGUGAAAAUAUAAGUUUUCCUCAUGACUUAGGGAAGAAACUACCCAGCGGGACGAACACAGCGAACGCGUCGAAUUUGACAGGACCCUCCAACUUGACCCAAAUUAACAACCCUAAAAGCUUCAAGUACUUUUUCAGGGUGGGGGACAUCCUCAUCAUUUACGGGGCCGUGACUACGUGGUCGAUGGGCAAAAUGGUUAUCAUGCCGAGCACCCGGACCAAGAAAGGAAGCCCACAUGAAGUCAGAGGGUCCAUCCAGAGAGUAGGCUUCUUCAACAUGAAUGUGAAUCUGGAACCGAACGUGAGUAACAUGAUUACUUCAACGACGGAGAAGAAGUACCAGGGUGGGGUUCAGACAGUUCGGAGUGUCCCCCAAGGGAAGGGUACAGAUGGUGGGAAGAGUAGUGACCACCAGGAGUUUGUGCGUGAAGGGAAGGAGAACAAGUAUGAAAUUCUUACUCUGCUGCGCGGCGAGGACAUGUAA